AUGCAAGGCUUGGUCCAUAAUGUAUUUGGGAUACCACAUGGAACAAGUGAAUUGAAUAGAGAAGGGGACAUUCCUGUUUCAGAGGCUGAAAAAUUUUACAAAUUGAUUGAUGAUUCUCAACAGGAUUUGUACAGUGGUUGCAAAAAUUUCUCGAAGUUGUCUUUCAUUAUUCGUUUGCUUCACCUAAAAUGCCUUGGUAAGAUGAGUAACAAGAUUUUUAAUAUGCUUGUUGAGCUGUUGAGAGAAGCAUUUCCGGAGGCCAUGACUAAUUUGCCUUCUUCUUACUAUGAGGCUGGGAAAUUGAUGAAUACAUUGGGGUUGGGUUAUGAAAAGACCGAUACAUGUCCUAAUGAUUGUUCUCUUUAUUGGGGUAGUGCUGAAAAAAGAACUUCAUGCGAAACAUGUAACGAGCUUAGAUGGGUUGCUUCAGAAAAUGAUCCAACUGGGGAAAAAAGGAAAAUUCCUCAAAAAGUGUUGUGGCAUUUUUCUUUAAAACCUAGAUUACAAAGACUAUUUAUGUCUUCUAAAAUUGCAUCUCAAAUGAGAUGGCAUGAGAAAAACCAUACAAAAGAUGGUUGUAUGAGACAUCUAGCUGAUUCUCCAGCUUGGCCAAUUUUUGACCAUCUACAUCCAGAAUUUUCUAAGAAUUGUCAAAAUGUUAGAUUGGGGUUGGCAUCUGACGAGUUUAAUCCAUUCAACAACAUGAGUUCUACACACAGUACUUGGCCUGUGGUUUUAAUACCAUAUAACUUACCUCCGUGGAUGUGUAUGAAGCAACUGUACUUCAUGUUGUCCUUGUUAAUACCCGGACCAUCCUCUCUUGGGAAUAAUAUUAAUGUUUAUCUACAACCUCUAGUUAAAGAACUGACCGAAUUGUGGGAUUUUGGCAUUCAAACUUAUGAUGCAUCCCAAAAAGAAAAUUUUCAAUUGCAUGCAGCUCUAUUGUGGACCAUUAGUGAUUUCCCUGGAUAUGCAAUGUUAUCUGGGUGGAGCACUAAAGGUGAAUAUGCUUGUCCUGUUUGUCACAAGUUCACUCAUGUACGACGGUUGACUCAUAGUUUCAAAUAUUGCUAUAUGGGUCAUCGUAGAUUCUUAGAUAGUAAGCACAAAUUUAGAAAGCAAGCCCAAUUCUUUGAUGGCACAGAAGAAUAUGGAAAGCGACCACCUUUGCAAACUGGGGAUAUGAUUGUGAGUGAAUUAGGAGACUUGCAAAUUAAAUUUGGAAAACUUGUGAAAGGUAAUCCGAAGCUGCCUUUUAAUUGGAAAAAGAGGAGUAUUUUCUUUGACUUGCCAUAUUGGAAAGAUAAUGUCUUAAAACACAAUCUUGACUUCAUGCACAUUGAGAAGAAUGUUUGUGAAAACAUUUGGGGGACAUUGCUGGACAUUGAGGAUAAAGUAAAGGACCAUUAUAAUUUCCGCCAUGAUUUGAGAGAAAUGGGAAUAAGAAAAGAGCCGCAUCCCAUUGAGACAGAACCUGGAAAGGUGUACUUACCUCUAUCUUCCUUUGCAAUGGAUAAAAAAUAG